GAGGACGCUCCGGGCCGCGCUGAGGGCAGCGCCGCCGCCGAGAGGAGCGGAGCAACGCGGAGCGGAGCCGCGGGUCUCGCCCAGCCCGGGGCAACCGGAAGAAAAUGAGCCUGAAAUCUGAACGCAGAGGGAUUCACGUUGAUCAGUCGGAGCUACUGUGCAAGAAAGGAUGUGGUUACUAUGGCAAUCCUGCUUGGCAGGGAUUUUGCUCCAAGUGCUGGAGAGAGGAAUACCAUAAGGCCAGGCAGAAACAGAUUCAAGAGGAUUGGGAGCUGGCAGAGCGGCUUCAGCGUGAGGAAGAAGAAGCCUAUGCCAGUAGCCAGAGCACCCAAGGGGCACAGUCACUGACCUUUUCCAAGUUUGAAGAAAAGAAAACCAAUGAGAAAACACGGAAAGUCACUACUGUGAAGAAGUUCUUCACUGCUUCUUCCAGAACAGGAGCUAAGAAGGUGGCUCAAGAGAAAGGCGUUAAGCAAGGACAGCCUGGGAGGGAGCGAAAUGCUGAUAACAUUCUCAGGGAUUUGAAGGAGAUUUUUACUCCCUCCUGGGAACUGGCUUCCCCUUCUGAAGCAGAGAUCCAAGAAGCCAAGGCUCCCAGCCCUUCUAUAAACAGGCAAGCCAGCAUCGAGACAGAUCGGGUAUCCAAGGAAUUCAUAGAAUUCCUCAAGACAUAUCAUAAGCCUGGACAAGAUAUCUAUAAGCAAUGUAAGCUCUUUUUGGACACGAUGAAUCAUAAAAGGGACUUAAGUAUUGAGGAGCAAUCUGAAUGUGCUCAGGACUUCUACCAAAAUGUAGCAGAGAAAUUACAGACACGUUGGAAAGUGCCCCCUGAAAAAGUGGAGAAAGCAAUGGAUCAGAUUGAAAAAUACAUUAUGACUCGACAGUAUAAAUAUGUCUUUUGCCCUGAGACAACAGAUGAUGAGAAGAAAGAUCUUGCUGUCCAAAAGAGAAUCAGGGCUUUGCACUGGGUAACUCCACAGAUGCUCUGUGUUCCUGUCAAUGAAGAAAUCCCAGAAGUCUCUGAUAUGGUUGUAAAAGCAAUUACAGAUAUCAUUGAAAUGGAUUCAAAGCGUGUCCCUCGUGAUAAACUAGCGUGUAUCACCAGGUGCAGCAAGCAUAUAUUUAAUGCAAUAAAAAUCACAAAAAAUGAACCAGCUUCUGCUGAUGACUUUCUUCCAACACUUAUAUACAUCGUUUUGAAGGGAAACCCACCCCGUCUGCAGUCUAACAUCCAGUACAUCACCCGCUUCUGUAAUCCAAGCAGGUUAAUGACAGGAGAAGAUGGUUACUAUUUUACCAAUCUGUGCUGUGCUGUGGCCUUCAUUGAAAAACUGGAUGCUCAGUCUUUAAACCUAAGCCAGGAAGACUUUGAUCGGUUUAUGACUGGUCAGACAUCCCCAAAGAAGCAAGAAGCCGACAGUUUCUCACCUGAUGUGUGCCUGGGUGUUAAGCAGAUGUAUAAAAACUUAGACCUCCUGUCUCAGUUGAAUGAGAGGCAGGAAAGAAUUGUCAAUGAAGCCAAGAAGCUUGAGAAAGACCUAAUAGAUUGGACUGAAGGAAUUACAAAGGAAGUCCAAGAUAUUGUUGAGAAAUAUCCAUUAGAAGUAAAGCCAAAAAGUCAAGCCUUAGCAGCUAUUGACUCUGAAAAUGUGGAGAAUGACAAGCUGCCCCCACCACUGCAGCCUCAGGUGUAUGCAGGGUAAUUAUCAGUGUUACCCUUGAAAAGCAGCAUUAUUUUCACCUAGUGUUACCUGCUACUUGGGGAGGGAAGUAAAUUUAAGGCUAAAAAAUCAGAUGAGCUUAAAUCAGUACAUUUUUAAAGGUGCAUUUUGUUCUGGUUAAGUGUAAUGAAUUGUAUUUAUUUUAGGUGGAUUUCUAUCAGGCUUUUGUGGGUUUUUGAACUGAAUUUCAAUUUUCUACACAAACUGGUGUAAUUUUUAAGCAACACUAGUCCAUUGACUUCUUUCCUGAGAGCUUCCUUCUGGGCAUGCACUUACUUGGUUUUAAUGGUUAGUUUAACUUGAAUUCAAGUUCCAGCAGAAACUUGAAUGGCACCCAUGUGAGCCUGAAUUUCUCCUGUAGCUGUAAAGAUGAAAUAUAUAUUGUAAAAUAUGUAAAAUUGUAAAUAGAUUUCAAAUCUUAACGUCUCAGCUGUGCAUGACAUCUUGUGUUUGAGUGAAAAUGAUGCCCAGAGUAUUCAUUUUAACACCUUUUGGUUAAAUCCUAUUGCAGUAUAAAGGGCAAGUACACUGUUAAUGAUUCAGUAAGGUAGAUGGUAUUGAUUGAAUCAGAGGAGAUUGUUGUAAUGAUCUGAAAAGUUCACACUAAUCUCAAUAUGCUCUGUAAAAAAAAAAAGUGCAAUUUAAAAGAUGGUAUUUCUCCA